UGCACAUUGUCAACCGACAUCCUCCCCUUCUCACCAAGGGCGGAGGAAAAUUAAAUUUCCACUCGACAGGCUAAAGUAAUUAUCGGUGCUGCUGUCGCGCUACAUCAAGUCCUUGGCCCGUAACAAGGAUAUAUAAGCGCAAGAGAAAAUGAGCGGAACGAGCUACAGUCGAGCUCGGCAUCGAUGCUGCUGUGCUGCAGGCGAACGAGAGUAAGGCUGCUCGUGUCGUUGUUGUUGUUGUUGUUGUUGCGGCUGUGGUGGAGGUAAUAUCACAUAACAACCCAAGUGUACAAAAAAAAAGGUAGGCAUAUUAAAAAUCGCGCAGCGGUGGCGGCCUUACACAUCGGCGGAGUCGGCCGCGGCGCUUACAACACGACGACAAUUACGAUCAUCGGGAGGCAGCUGUUGUCGUCGCUCGUCGUCGUUCGUCGGCACUCCGCUUCUGCCUCUUCUUCUACUUCACUGACAGCUGCUGCGACGACUUGUGUUGUUGCGAGAAAAGCGCGGACUUCGACGCUACUCACUCUGGGCAGCGGCUAUCUCGUCGACAAUAACAGCAAUAAUAAAAACAAGAACAUGCGUGGUACCGGCGUUGGUGCUUUGUUUCUCUUCCUACCGCUGCUCGUCGGCUGCUGUCAGUCGGCCCAGAAUCUCCAGCACAGGGAUUCGGUCUUCAGGAGGGCCAAGUUACUACACAAAGCAAGUCCAUUGAGUCAGGCUCAAAUGUACAAACUUGCUACUUUGUCUGAUCAUGAACACAUGGAUGAAGUGUUAGACAAUAUUUGUAUUCCCAGGGUUGUUGCUAGUCCUGGUCAUCAAAAAGUUAAACAGUACAUAAAAUCUCGUAUGAGAGAACUUGGAUGGACUGUAGAGAGCGAUCACUUUGAGGAACAUACUCCUCUUUUUGGAAAACUUCAUUUUGAAAACAUCGUAGCAAAAUGGAAUCCAAAUGCUGAAAGAUACUUAACAUUGGCAUGUCAUUAUGAUUCGAAGUAUGAAAAAAAUUAUGAAUUUGUUGGUGCUACAGACAGUGCUGUACCCUGCAUGCAACUUAUCAAUUUGGCCAAGGUCAUGCAGGAGCAGUUGAAUGCUGCCAAACAAAAUGAUGAAGUAAGCUUGAUGCUGCUCUUUUUUGAUGGAGAAGAAGCAUUUAAAUCAUGGGGUCCCAAAGAUUCAAUUUAUGGAGCUAGACAUUUAGCUGAUAAGUGGCAUAAAACAAGAUAUAUCUACAGGGAAGAAAGUGAAAUAAGUGAUCUGGACAGAAUGGAUAUGCUGGUACUUCUAGAUCUACUAGGUGCUCCAAAACCCAUAUUCUAUAAUUAUUUCAAUAAUACUUUGAAAUGGUACUCAUUGUUAUCAGAAGCUGAAGAUUAUUUAGCUUCUGCAAAUUUACUACAAAAUUAUGAUAAGAGGGAAAAAUAUUUCCAAAAAUAUACAUUCCCAGCUGGAAUUGAAGAUGAUCAUAUUCCUUUUUUAAGAAAAAAUGUACCGAUUUUACAUUUGAUUCCAUAUCCUUUCCCGGAUUUCUGGCAUACAGAAGGAGACAAUAGAAGUGCAGUUGACAUGGCUACAGUAGAGAAUCUAAACAAAAUUUUGAGAAUUUUUGUUGCCUCAUACUUGAAUUUACCUGUAUUAUAAAUAAGAAAGAAACUAAAUGUUACCAUUUACUCAAUAUUGAAUUCAUAGAAGAAAUUCAAGGUAUUUUUGAUAAGUACAUCAUUAUAAUAAGAACCAAUAAUUUACCACUGGUACAAAUGGGUUAAGCAACAAUUUAAAAACAUAUUUUUUAAGAAAUUAACUAUAGUUAUUAUUUUUCUGAUUAUAUAUAUUGUACAGUGAAGAGGAUAAUGUACAAUCAGGUGGAAGAUCAGAUCUGUGAUCUCUGUUUACUUAAAGUUUGUACCAAGUACAAAGAAGUGAUUCUCAAAGUUACCAAGAACAGUGUCAAUGUUGUACGCAAGGCGUAAAUUAACAAUAUUCGUGUUGAAUGUGACAAGAAAGAAAAAGACGAAGAAUGUGUUCCUAAAGCAAAAUGUGUUAUUGUUAAAAAUUUAUUUCAACGACGCAACAAAUGUACCUAUAAAUGUAUUCACGUCCUUCAUAAUUUUAAUUAUUCAUCAAGAAAUAUCGUAUAUUUUCAAAUUUAUCGAUGUCAAUUUAAAAAAAAAAAUGUGUAUCCAUUGGUUGCGAUGCAAAUUUUACUGACCGAUGGUCAGUAAUCUUACGCGCACUGUACGAUCGAAACGAAAGAGUAAGCGAAAAAGCGAGUUGCAUACGAUCGAGGUGUUGGCAACAAUGAAUCGCGAGAGGCGAGGUCAUUGUUCUGUUUCGCGACGCGAUGCAGCAAACGCGCUCUAAGGAGACCACGCGUCCGUGUAUUUUUUUAUAUGAAUACAUGAAAUAUACGUAGUUCCGAACCGCAGACGAGAGGAUUAAGUUUAUAUCCUUUACGGGUACACUCAACGUAUGUGCGUGGGUGUACUUGUCCACCAUUUUGGUACACUCUCACAGGAAUUUUGUCCUCGCUCUACGUUUUAAACAAUCAUGCCCGAAUCUGGUUUCGAGAGUGGAGAUAUGUUAAAAGUACUUUUAGUAUUGCAGAUCUAUUUUAUAUUGAAAUUUUUUGAAUAAUCUUUAUACAAUUGUGAAAUCAUGUUGAUAUUUGAUUAUAUUGUUUUAAUGUUGACGAAAAAAAUGCCCAAACAUCGAACGUUAAUUAAUUGUAAUCGUUCAAAAAUCCUAUGUGCAAUGUAAAAGGACGUUUCGAUCGCCGAAAAAGUUGAAUAAAAUUACGCGCACAAAAUUA